AUGGAUGGUAAGCAUCUUCACGUGAGAUGUAUGGCUCACAUACUUAAUCUAAUUGUGCAAGAAGGUUUGAAGGAAAUUGAUGCUUCUGUUAAACGUGUUAGGCAAAUGGUAAGGUAUGUUAGAGGAUCUUCGGCAAGAACAAGAAGCUUUAAGAAAUGUUGUGAAGUUCAAAAGGUGGGAUGUGCUAAAACAUUAAUUCUAGAUGUGCCUACUAGGUGGAAUUCCACCUACGCGAUGUUGAACACGACACAAAAUUUUGAGAAGGCAUUUGAUAGGUUUGAUUUUUUUGAUGUGAUUUUUAAAACUUAUCUUGCUACUCAUGUUUGUGAAGAUGGAAGUGUCGCAGGUUCACAUUAUGUUACUUCUAAUGUUAAUUUUGAGGAUAUAUGUGAGCUUGAUGCAUAUUUGAAAGCGUGUGUAGCAAGUAAAGAUCUUAGUUUGAGUAAAAUGGAUGAGCGGAUGAGAGAAAAGUUCAGGAAGUAUUGGGGUGAUCCUGAAAAGAUGAACAAAAUGAUUUUUAUUUCUUCCGUAUUGGAUCCUCGCAAUAAGUUUGUGUAUAUUAGCUUUGCACUUGAAGAGCUAUUUGGGGAGGAAGUUGGAAAGAAAGUAAGCGAAGGAGUGUACGAUUAUAUGAAAUCUUUGUUUGAAGAGUAUCUAAAAAAUUAUUCAAGAGCAUCUCAUCAUCAAUUGUCUCCUUCUGUAUCUACUUCAUCUCAUGAUACAUCUGAUGUAACUUCUAGUUCCGGGUCCUCUUCAAGUGUGAAAUCAAAUGCUUUGAGAACUAAGCUUCACUUGAAGAAACAAAAGGAAGAUUCUGGAAGUGGGUAUGCUAAAUCUGAGUUCGAAAAAUACAUUGGUGAAGAACAAGAGCCAAUAGAUGAAAAUGAAACCGCCAUUGAGUUUAGUAUCUUACGUUGGUGGAAAGUUAAUGCUCCUAGAUUUCCUGUUCUUUCAGAGUUGACUCGUGAUGUGUUGGCUAUUCCGAUUUCUAGUGUGGCAUCGGAAUGUGCAUUUAGUACCGGCGGUCGUGUACUUGAUUCGUUUAGAAGUUCGUUGACUCCUAAAUGUGUGCAAUCUCUUAUUUGUGUUCAAGAUUGGCUUAGGAAAGAGACUAAAUCUGUUAGUGUGGAAGAACGUUUGGAUCAUCUUAAGGAACUCGAACUUGAUAACUAUUGUUGCUAUUGCUACCGAAACUAUGCUGCUGCUGCUGAACUGUGCUGCUGCCAUAGUUUCAGUUGUGCUGCUGCUGCUGAACUGUGCUGCUGCCACAGUUUCAGCUGUGCAGCUGCUGCCACAGUUUCAGUUGUGCUGCUGCUGCUGCUAAAACUGUGUUCACAGUCCAUUAGCAACACUGUAUUUCCAGAUUUUGAGUAUCCAGACUUUGAGGCUGAGGAUAACAUUGCUACAAGGCCAAGGAGUUUCUCAGAGGCAAAGACCAGAUUUUAA